UCCUCAAGAAGUGGCAGAAGACUGAAUAUAAAUUUAAGAUGCCUGAGAGCGCUGGACACACCAUGGAGGAGGACAUGGAGACCUUUGCCUUCCAGGCUGAGAUUGCUCAGCUGAUGUCCCUCAUUAUCAACACCUUCUACUCAAACAAAGAGAUCUUCCUCAGAGAACUCAUCUCUAACUCCUCAGAUGCCUUGGACAAAAUUAGAUACGAGAGCUUGACAGACCCUAGCAGACUUGAGUCCUGCAAGGACCUGAAAAUUGAAGUCACGCCAGACCUGCAUGCUCGCACCCUGACCCUGGUUGACACAGGUAUUGGCAUGACCAAGGCUGACCUGAUCAACAACCUGGGAACUAUUGCCAAGUCUGGCACCAAGGCUUUCAUGGAGGCUCUGCAGGCUGGAGCUGACAUCUCCAUGAUCGGUCAGUUUGGUGUUGGUUUCUACUCUGCCUACCUGGUGGCUGAGAAGGUGACAGUUAUCACCAAGCACAAUGAUGACGAGCAGUAUGUGUGGGAGUCUGCAGCUGGAGGCUCAUUCACAGUCAAAAUUGACACCGGAGAGUCCAUUGGCAGAGGCACAAAAGUGAUCCUACAUCUCAAAGAAGAUCAGACAGAAUACUGUGAGGAGAAGCGCGUCAAGGAAGUCGUGAAGAAGCACUCACAAUUCAUUGGCUACCCUAUUACACUUUACGUGGAGAAGACAAGGGAGAAAGAAGUGGACUUUGAUGAUGCAGAUAAGGAGGAGGAAGUUGAGAAAGAUGCUGCUGAGGACAAGGACAAACCUAAGAUUGAAGAUGUAGGCUCUGAUGAGGAUGAGGACACAAAGGAAAGCAAGAACAAGAGGAAGAAGAAGGUCAAGGAAAAGUACAUUGAUGCUCAGGAGCUGAACAAGACCAAGCCCAUCUGGACCCGUAACCCUGAUGACAUCACCAACGAGGAGUAUGGAGAGUUCUACAAGAGUCUCACCAACGACUGGGAGGACCACUUGGCUGUCAAGCAUUUCUCAGUGGAGGGUCAGCUGGAGUUUCGUGCCUUGCUCUUUGUGCCCAGGAGGGCUGCAUUUGACCUCUUUGAAAACAAGAAAAAGAGAAACAACAUCAAGCUGUACGUGCGCAGGGUCUUCAUCAUGGACAACUGCGAGGAGCUUAUUCCAGAUUACCUCAACUUCAUCAAGGGUGUGGUCGACUCUGAGGAUCUGCCCCUGAACAUCUCCAGAGAGAUGCUGCAGCAGAGCAAGAUCCUGAAGGUCAUCCGCAAGAACCUGGUCAAGAAGUGCAUGGAGCUUUUCACUGAGCUGUCUGAGGACAAGGACAACUACAAGAAGUACUACGAGCAGUUCUCAAAGAACAUUAAGCUUGGCAUCCAUGAGGAUUCUCAGAACAGGAAGAAGCUGUCUGAGCUGCUGCGAUACUACACCUCAGCCUCUGGAGACGAGGUGGUUUCCCUGAAGGAAUAUGUUUCACGUAUGAAGGAAAACCAGAAACACAUCUACUACAUCACAGGUGAGACCAAGGACCAGGUGGCUAACUCUGCCUUUGUGGAGCGCCUUCGCAAAGCCGGCCUAGAGGUCAUUUACAUGAUCGAGCCCAUUGAUGAGUACUGCGUCCAGCAGCUGAAGGAGUAUGAUGGCAAGAACCUGGUUUCAGUCACCAAGGAAGGCCUGGAGCUGCCUGAGGAUGAGGAUGAGAAGAAGAAGCAGGAGGAACUCAAAAAUACAUUUGAGAACCUUUGCAAGAUCAUGAAGGACAUCCUUGACAAGAAGAUUGAAAAGGUCACCGUCUCCAACCGCCUUGUCUCUUCCCCUUGCUGCAUCGUCACUAGUACUUAUGGCUGGACGGCCAACAUGGAAAGGAUCAUGAAGUCUCAGGCUCUGAGAGAUAACUCCACAAUGGGCUACAUGACAGCUAAGAAGCACCUUGAGAUCAAUCCUGUCCACCCCAUCAUUGAGACCCUGAGGCAGAAAGCAGAGGCUGACAAGAACGAUAAGGCUGUGAAGGACCUGGUCAUCCUUCUGUUCGAGACUGCCCUGCUGUCUUCAGGAUUCACACUGGAGGACCCACAGACACACGCCAACCGCAUCUACAGAAUGAUCAAGCUGGGUCUUGGCAUUGAUGAUGAUGACUCUGCAGUUGAAGACCUCAUUCAGCCUGCUGAUGAAGACAUGCCAGUUUUGGAAGGAGAUGAUGACACAUCAAGAAUGGAGGAAGUUGACUAAACUACUUAGUUAACUCUUUCCUGCUUUCUUAAUUUUUAUUUUUGUAAGUUAUUGCUUCUUCAAACAGACAUUUAACUCUAACACAACUUUAAUUUCUUAAACAGUUAUAUUAACGGGUAUUAUGAUAACAAAAUGAAUGUAGCCCACAGUGUGGUUUAGCGUACAUUGUACCAGCUACUUAUGUAACACUACUGGAAACCAAAGGGAGUUAUAUAAAGUCACUGGAAAUUUGAUAUAUGUGUCUUUUUGUAACAUUUUUUAUGAAAAGCAUUCAAAUUUGUAAUAAAAUAUA